GUCACUGGAAUCCGAUGUGACGGCUAGCUUUACCGCCGUACGAGAGGGAGAAUGGACGCGUUAAAUAAACUGAAACAAUUUGACGCUUAUCCCAAGACUCUGGAGGAUUUUAGGAUCAAAACAUGUGGUGGAGCAACGGUAACCAUCAUCAGUGGACUUAUUAUGCUGAUCCUGUUCUUCUCUGAGCUCCAGUAUUAUCUGACUAAAGAGGUUCAUCCUGAACUAUUUGUAGACACUUCUAGAGGAGACAAGCUCAGAAUCAACAUCGAUGUUAUAUUUCCACAUAUGCCGUGUGCCUAUCUAAGUAUUGAUGCCAUGGAUGUCGCCGGAGAGCAGCAGCUAGAUGUCGAGCACAACCUGUUUAAACAAAGACUUGAUAAAGAUGCCCAGCCAGUCACAUCAGAGGCUGAAAAACAUGAGUUGGGUAUAAAGGAGGAAGAGGUUUUUGAUGCCAGUAAGUUGGAUCCUGACCGCUGCGAGAGCUGUUAUGGAGCAGACGAAGAUUUAAAGUGUUGCAAUACAUGUGAUGAUGUUCGAGAGGCGUACCGGCGACGUGGCUGGGCUUUUAAGACUCCUGACAGCAUUGAGCAAUGUAAGAGAGAGGGGUUCAGCCAAAAGAUGCAGGAUCAGAAAAACGAGGGAUGCCAAGUCUAUGGUUUUCUAGAAGUUAAUAAGGUGGCUGGAAAUUUCCAUUUUGCUCCUGGAAAGAGCUUUCAGCAGUCUCACGUACAUGUGCAUGCUGUGGAAAUACAUGAUCUGCAGAGUUUUGGACUGGACAAUAUCAACAUGACACACUUCAUCAAACAUCUUUCAUUCGGCAAAGAUUACCCUGGAAUCGUCAACCCUUUAGAUGGUACCAAUGUAGAAGCACCUCAAGCUUCAAUGAUGUAUCAGUAUUUCGUCAAAAUUGUUCCAACAAUAUAUGUUAAAGGAGAUGGGGAGGUGGUUAAAACAAACCAGUUUUCAGUGACAAGACACGAAAAAGUAGCCAACGGACUGAUUGGAGAUCAGGGUUUACCUGGUGUGUUUGUGCUUUAUGAGCUGUCUCCAAUGAUGGUCAAAUUCACAGAGAAGCAGAGAUCUUUCACCCAUUUCUUAACAGGAGUCUGUGCUAUUAUAGGUGGUGUUUUCACAGUUGCUGGGCUUAUUGAUUCUUUGAUAUACCACUCAGCAAGAGCCAUUCAGAAGAAGAUUGAACUGGGAAAAGCAUCCUAGCAUCACAAGGACAUAUUAGAUGCCUAAUAUUCUGAAAAAGCUCUGUGUUAAAGGGAAGAUGCCACAAUAAAAGCCCCAGACUGUUUUCACAUGUGGCCACAGAGCAGCAUCCAUCGACAUGCCCAUUCCCUUCAAACAAGCACAGGAUCUGCACAAGGACCUGUGCCGGCCAACUGCGGAUCUUAAGGAAUUUAAACUUGUUUGUAUAUUAGAGAUAAGUUAUGUAUCGGAAGUUCAGCUCUAAAAAUCGAAUUGUUCUCUUUGAGGUUUGGUCUUCUGUUGUGUUUCACCGAUUUGAUUUGAAUCAUUUGAUCUAAUUGUCUUACCUGAUCACGACCCAGUGUUUUUCCGACUAAACCAGCAGCUUUGAUUGAAUUUGGUCCAAAAUAAAAUGAGGAACGGAAAGCCUUUUUAUAACUGUAAAGUCAACCGGAACGCUGUUCAGUCCUCAAGCACACAAACAUCAUACGGAAACACAGACUACUGUCGGUUCAGGUGUCUUUUGUUGUCAUGGUAUUUGCACCCUUAUCUCUUAAUUCAGGGGCCUGGGUGUGUAUGUGCGUGUUUUUGAGCGUGUAUGCAGACGGGUGUCUGGGUAAUUUGAGUGAAUGUUUCUUUUGUGUUGUUGGCGGAUUCUCUCGUGUGCGGGACAGAUGUAUUUAUAUUUUGAUUGUGCGAAAACGUUUUUAAGAUGAAAUAAGUGUAACACUGAACUUUU